AUGGGAGGCGGCGGCGGCAGCGGCGGUAUCGCAGGGAGGGUUGUAGGCUCCGGCAGUCGAGCAAAGAGACGUCGCUCCUGCGUCGUGGGCAGGGACACAGCAGCAGGCGUCGCGGGCGAAGACUACGCAGAAGCAUCUGCCAACAAGAAGGCUCGCAUCAAGCUCGAACGUGACAAGGCUGGUGUGUCUCCGGCAGCAGGCAGCUCCGCAGCAAGUUACCGCUACGACAGCAGUAGCAGGCCGCGCGCCGGUACCCGAGCCUCUCCGCGACGAAGUCCCCGGCGGGGAAGCUCGGCCGUCACUCCGAGGAGAGGGGGCGGACCGACGCUGGGACCGCCAUCAGCGGAAGCCGCGGCGGCGGCUGCUGCCGGGAGACGGUUCGGGAGCGGUACAGCAGAGGAGGAGACGGUUGACGACGAGGGGCUCGAGGGGCUGCUGCAUACCGCCAGGCGCGACGGUUUUCUGGACUUGCGGAGGUACAGGAAACCCGGGUGGCCGCGGCCGUUGAGAAUAACUCGACUUGAGGCCAGCCACGGAAAGAGAUUCGAGGAGCACCUCCUCGUCCUGCUCAAGCAGAGGCGAAGGCGAGAAGCGAACGUGUUCCUCCGUCGACUUGCGCACUACGACCGCAACCCUCCGCACCUCGCCGCCUCGCUCCUAGCCGGGAGGAGGGGGCACGCGGCGUGCAUCCCGGCGUGGUACCAAGAGCUCUCGACAGCCGCCAGGCCCGCUCACGAGGGGUCCGACGGCGGUUGCGACACGAUCGAAGAGAUGGUGGACCUCACCGAGAAGAGGGCGGAGGUGGUCGAGUGCUACGACAACGAGCCCCUGGACUGCGUCAUGAUGCGCAUCGUGAAGCAGGAGCCCGGCUCCGAUGCGGCGGCGGCGGCGGCGGCGGUGGGGGUCGGGGUAGGGGCGGACGGCGAGCGGCCAGGUUCCGCCGCUGCUGCUGCGGUGGAAGCGAUAGCAGCAUCGGCAGCACUGAGAGUAAAGAAAGAGAGAGUGUGAAGGCCUCUGUUGAAAGCCUUCAGGGGAUGUAAGCAGGGGGGUCCUCAUAGCCGUGACGGGGAGGGGGGGGGGGGGGGGGGGGGGGG